AUGGUCAUUAGUUAUAAGAUCAAUGUGCCAUUACAGGAAUUGGUGUCAUUUGAGGAUGUGGCUGUGGACUUUACCUGGGAGGAGUGGCAGGACUUGAAUGAUGCUCAGAGGACUUUGUACAAGGAUGUGAUGCUGGAGACCUACAGCAGCCUGGUGUCUUUGGAGACUGAUGCCAUGCAUGCUGGAGAGAAAUCUGAUAAGCAUAAUAUAAUUGGGAAGUCACAGAGACAUCCUGAGAAUCUCAGUCAGCAUUCCAGGUUUCAGUCUGGGCAACCUUUUGAAUUUAGUGGAAAAGGGAAGUUCUCCAACACAGUGCCAUUAAUACUUACAUAUGAGAAGAUGCAUAUGGGUGAGACCACCUGUAAAUAUAAUGAAUAUGGUAAAGCCUGUGAUAAGUCAGCUGCCAUUGCCCAAGAGAUAACUCAGGUAGGAAAGAAAACUUUUCAGUGUGAUAUAUGUGGGAAAAUGUUCUAUAAAAAGAUUACACUUUCUCAACAUCAGAUUACACAUACAGGAGAGAAACAUGAUGAAUAUGGCAAAUGUCAGAAACCUUUAAUUAGGACAUCAUAUGCUACUUCAUAUCAAAGAACAUCUACAGGGAAGAAGCUUUAUCCAUGUAAUGAACAGGAGGAAUUUUUCUAUCAGAAGUCAGAACUUACUGUGCAUCACAGAAUUCACACAGAGGAAAUGUCCUAUGGAUUUCUUAAGUGUGGCAAUGACUUUGAUGAAAAUUCAUUUAUCAACUGUCAUCAGAGAAUUCACACAAGUGAAAAAUCAUAUGAAUGUAAUGAAUGUAGAAAAUUUUUCUACCAUAAUUGUGCCCUUACUGUAUUUCAGAGAAUUCACAUAAGUGAGAAUCCAUAUGAGCGUGAGGAAAGUCAAAUUUUCUACAGUAAGUCAAAACUCAAAAAGCAUAAGAGAAUUCACAUUGCUGAGAAACCAUUUGAAUGUAAGAGAUGUGGAAAAACCUUCUACCAGAAUUCAGACUUCAGCAAGCAUCAAAGAAUUUUUAAGGAAUGUGGAAAAUGUAACCAAAAGUCAAAUCUGAAGACAACUCAGAGAAUUCACACAGGUGAGUACCCAAAUGAAUGUAAAGAAUGUGGGGAAGCUUUUAGCCAAAAGUCAGCUCUCCACAGGCAUGAGAGAAUUCACAAAGACAAGACACCAUAUGAAUGUAAGGAAUGUGGAAAAGCUUAUAACAAAAAGUCAGCCUUCAGCAUGCAUGAAAGAAAUCACCCAGGUGAGAAGCCCUACAGAUGUAAUGGUUGUCUAAAAACCUUUAACAAAUCAUACUUCAAGAUGCAUUGGAGUACUCAAAUGGGAAAGAAACAUUAUAAAUGUAAAAAAGGUGGAAAAGUUUUAAACCAAAAGUCACAUCUCAGCAGGCAGGAGAGAAUUCACACAGGUGAGAAAACAUAUGAAUGUAAAGAAUGUGGAAAAGGUUUUAACCAAAAGUCAAACCUCAGCAUCUAUCAGAGAAUUCACACAGGUGAGAAAUCAUAUGAAUGUAUAGAAUGUGGGAAAGCUUUUACACAAAAGUCGCACCUCAGCAUGCAUCAGAGAAUUCACACAGGUGACAAACCAUAUGAAUGUAAAGAAUGUCGAAACGCUUUUAACCAAAAGUCAUCCCUCAACAAGCAUCAGAAAAUUCACACAGGUGAGAAACCAUAUGAAUGUAAACAACGUCGAAAAGCUUUUAAGCAAAAGGGAAUCCUCAGCAUGCGUCAGGGAACUCACACAGGUGAGAAACCAUAUGAAUGUAAAGAAUGUGGAAAAGCUUUUAAGUGAAAGUCUAACCUCAGCAUGCAUCAGAGAAUUCACACAGGUGAGAAACCAUAUGAAUGUAAAGAAUGUGGAAAAGCUUUUAAGUGAAAGUCUAACCUCAGCAUGCAUCAGAGAAUUCACACAGGUGAGAAACCAUAUGAAUGUAAAGAAUGUGGAAAAACUUUUAGCCAAAAGAGAUCCUUCUGGUUUCAUCAGAGAAUUCACACAGGUGAGAAACCAUAUGAAUGUAAAGAAUGUGGAAAAACUUUUAGCCAAAAGAGAUCCUUCUGGUUUCAUCAGAGAGUUCACACAGGUGAGAAACCAUAUGAAUGUAAACAAUGUGGGAAAGCUUUUAACCGAAAGUCAAACCUCAGUAUGCAUUAGAGAGUUCACACAGGUGAGAAACCACAUGCAUGUAAACAAUGUGGAAAAGCUGUUAACCAACAGGUAUCACUCAACUUGCAUCUGAGAGUUCACACAGGUGAGAAACCAUAUGAAUGUAAAGAAUGUGGAAAAGCUUUUAAGUGAAAGUCUAACCUCAGCAUGCAUCAGAGAAUUCACACAGGAGACAAACCAUAGGAAUGUAAGCAGUGUGUAAAAACUUUUAAGCAACAGGUAUCAGAAUUCACACACAUGCAUUAGAGAAUGCACCCAGGUGAGAAACUGUAUGAAUGUAAUGAAUGUCAAAGAAUGUUUAACUACAAGUCAUACUUCAGGAUACAUCAUUGUACUCACAAACACAACAAAUAUUAUGAAUGUAAAGAAUUUGGAAAAGCUUUUAACCAAAAGUCAAUCCUCAGGUGGCAUCAGAAAAUUCAAACUGGUGAGAAGGCCUACAAAUGUCAUAAAUGUGGAACAACCUUUAAAAAGAAGUCAUCCAUCUUGGUGCAUCAGAGUACUCACAGUAAAACUAAAAACCAUAUGAAUGUAAAAAACAUGGAAAAAUCCUUUAACUGA